AUGGCUACUGUUAUGCAGAAAAUCAAGGACAUCGAAGAUGAGAUGGCAAGAACCCAGAAAAAUAAAGCAACAGCCCAUCACCUGGGCUUGUUGAAGGCGAAACUUGCAAAACUUCGAAGGGAAAUUCUUACACCAGCAUCUAAAGGAGGUGGUGGUGCUGGGGAAGGCUUUGAUGUUACAAAAAGUGGUGAUUCAAGAGUUGGCCUUGUGGGUUUCCCUUCAGUCGGGAAAUCAACACUCUUGAACAAAUUGACUGGAACUUUUUCAGAGGUAGCAUCAUACGAAUUCACCACUUUAACUUGCAUUCCUGGUGUGAUCACAUAUCGGGGUGCUAAAAUUCAGUUGCUGGAUCUUCCUGGUAUUAUUGAGGGUGCGAAAGAUGGCAAGGGUAGAGGAAGACAGGUUAUAAGUACAGCUCGGACAUGCAACUGCAUCUUGAUUGUUCUGGAUGCUAUAAAACCAAUUACCCAUAAACGUCUAAUAGAGAAAGAGCUAGAGGGGUUUGGUAUAAGGCUAAACAAGGAACCACCAAAUUUAACAUUCAGGAGGAAAGACAAAGGAGGACUCAAUCUUACAUCUACAGUGACAAAUACGCAUCUUGACCUCGAGACAGUGAAGGCAAUUUGCGGCGAGUAUCGUAUUCACAAUGCAGAUAUCAGUCUUAGAUAUGAUGCAACUGCUGAUGACCUCAUAGAUGUCAUCGAAGGCAGUAGGGUAUAUAUUCCUUGCAUAUAUGCCGUCAAUAAGAUUGAUCAAAUCACACUUGAGGAGCUCGAGAUUCUGGACAAACUUCCUCACUAUUGCCCAGUCAGUGCUCACUUGGAAUGGAACCUCGAUGGCCUUCUGGAAAAAGUUUGGGAGUAUCUCGAUUUAACUCGCAUAUAUACAAAGCCCAAGGGGAUGAAUCCAGACUAUGAAGAUCCUGUUAUAUUGUCAUCCAAGAAAAGAACAGUUGAGGACUUCUGCAAUAGAAUCCACAAGGACAUGCUUAAACAGUUCAAAUAUGCACUGGUCUGGGGCUCAAGCGUGAAACACAAACCCCAGAGGGUCGGAAGGGAGCACGAACUGGAAGAUGAAGAUGUUGUCCAAAUCAUCAAAAAGGUGUGA